AUGGCGACCAGCCGUCCCCUUUCCUCCUUUCUCCAUUUGGUCUCUGUUCUGUGCCUGUUUUCGUCGCCGGCGUUGCUGGUCUCCGCCGCGAAAAGGCAUUAUAUUGUCUACUUGGGUGGCCACAGCCAUGGCGGCUUUUCAGCCACGGAAGCUGAUCUUCACGCCGUCACCAACUCCCAUCAUGAUUUACUCACCACUUACCUCGGGGACCUGGAGACAGCCAAAGAUGCAAUCCGCUACUCUUACAGAAGGCACAUCAACGGCUUCACGGCGGUAUUGGACGAUGAAGAAGCAGCUCAAAUCGCCAGGCAUCCUGGAGUGGUGUCGGUUUUCCCCGACGGGAUGAAGAGGCUUCACACGACCAACUCUUGGGAUUUCAUGUUGCUGAAUAAGGAGAUUGGUAAGCGGAAAGUCCCCAACGAGAUCUGGAAAGCUGCCAAGUUCGGCGAGAAUAUCAUCAUUGGAAACCUCGACAGUGGUGUUUGGCCCGAAUCCAAGAGUUUUAGCGACAAAGGGUAUAGCCCCGUUCCCUCUAGAUGGAAGGGAGUUUGCGAGAACAACACCAAGGCCGGCGUUCCCUGCAAUAGGAAGCUUAUCGGUUCGCGGUUAUACAACAGAGGUAUGCUCGAGGAAGGGGGAGCCGACUUUGUCGAUCCGGCCGACAUAUACAGCCCUCGCGACAUGGACGGACACGGGACCCACACUCUGUCCACGGCCGGCGGCAACUUCGUCGCCGGCGUCGACAUCCUGGGGUCGGCUUCCGGGGUGGCGAAAGGCGGAGCUCCCAGAGCUAGGGUGGCGUCGUACAAGGUCUGCUUUGCGACCCCAGAUGACGACACUGGCUGCUCCGAUUCCGACAUCUUGGCCGGGUUCGAGGAUGCCAUCUCCGACGGGGUCGACGUCCUGUCCGUCUCCCUCGGGAGUGACAACUUUACCGGCUACACUUACCUGGUCGACGGCGUCGCCAUCGGCUCUUUCCACGCCGUCCGGUCGGGGGUCGUCGUUGUUGCCUCUGCGGGCAACUCGGGCCCGGUUCAGGGAACCGUAUCGAACAUGGCACCGUGGAUAAUUACCGUUGGAGCCAGCACCACGGACCGCAACAUUGAUGUAUAUGCUCAGCUAGGUAACGGCGAGCGGCUGAAGGGGACGGCGAUCUUCGAGAAGCCAUUGCCGGUGGGCAGAAAGUACACGCUGGCCACCGCAGCCGACGUCAGGCUUGGAAACGUCACCGCGGCGGACGCCAUUCUUUGCCUGCCGGGAACAUUGAAUCCCAAAAAGGCCAAGGGCAAAAUCCUGGCGUGUCUACGUGGCAAAAACGCCAGGGUGGACAAGAGUCUCCAGGCCGGAAAAGCAGGGGCAGUCGGGGUAAUCCUCUGCAACGACGUGAACAGCGGACUCGACCUCGACACCGACCUUCACUCCGUCCCUACUUCCCACGUCAACUACAGAGACGGCCUGAAGGUCUUCCGUUACAUCAACGCCACCAAGAACCACCCGACGGCCUACCUCACGCCGUCAGUCACGACGUACGGCAACAAGCCGGCCCCUUCCUUGGCCUCUUUCUCGUCCCGCGGGCCCAAUGUCGUCACCCCACAGAUCCUCAAGCCUGACGUCACGGCUCCCGGAGUCGACAUCUUGGCGGCCUUCUCUAUGGCCGGCCACGGCCGGAAGUACCCUUACCAGCUGGACAGUGGCACCUCCAUGUCCUGCCCUCACGUCGCCGGCGUCGCCGCCCUUGUGAAGGCCGUUCAUCCCGAUUGGAGCCCUUCUGCCAUUCAUUCUGCCAUAAUGACUACCGCUACGACUAAAGGCAACAACGGUGGCAAGAUGAUCGAUGAGGACGAGAAAGAAUCCACGUCGUUUGGCUAUGGGUCAGGGCACAUCAGGCCUAAUCGCGCCAUCAACCCGGGACUUGUCUACGAGGUGGCUGCCCACGAGUAUCUAGAGUUCCUAUGUUCCAUCGGGUACAAGAGCUCCAAGAUUGGCCGGUUGAUGGAGAAGGGCUACAAAUGCCCCAAGAAGAAGGUGAAGAGUGUGUUCGAUCACAACUACCCUUCGUUCUCGGUCCCGAAUCUCGGGUCAGGACCGGUUACCUUCAAAAGGAGGGUGAAGAACGUCGGCCCUCCGGGGACAUACACCGCCGAGGUGAAGGAGCCUUAUGGAGUUAGGGUGAAAGUAGUGCCUAAUGUGUUGAAGUUCGAAAAGUAUGGACAGAAGAAGACUUUCAAGGUAAAGGUGACGGCCAAAAGGAAAGGCGUCGCUAAAGGGUAUGAAUUCGGCGGACUGACUUGGACCGAUGGAGUUCACCAAGUUAGGAGUCCAAUUUUUGUUACUGACAAUUUAGUGAUAGAUCCAUCGUCCCGCACUGUUAGGUGA